CGAUUCCUCUUUCUUCAUUGUUGAUAAUACUUUAUGUAUCUUGAGAGUGGAAAGGUUUUACAUGUUCUCACCUUCUCACUUUUCUUUGUUUCUUUAUUUCCAUUUAUCAUUUUAUAGUUAUAAUAAUACUUGUGGGAACGAAGAAGACGAAGAAGAACACCCAGCUCAUCAAUGAUAUUUCUUCUGCCUUGUAUUCUAAAGUAAGGAGAUUGGCAGAUCGGGGAGAGAAUAUCUAAGUUUGUGAAAUUCGGGGACAUAACGUGAUUUGGAGGUGGGUUUUGUCUGAAAUUUCGAUUGGAGGUUUUUACCAGAGUUGGUAGAUGUUGAGAAUUUAGUGCAAGAGGUAGAGGUGGUGGUAAUUUAUAUGGAUAAAUUAUGCUGCUUUAAUGCUGCCUAUUCUCAGCUCGUAGGAGCACAGUCCACAAGUGGCUCCGGUAAGGGGAGAAGCAGUCAGGGUCCAAUCAAGUAUGGAUUUAACCUCGUGAAAGGGAAAGCAAAUCAUCCCAUGGAGGAUUAUCACGUUGCUAAGUAUGUUCAUAUCAAAGGACAUGAGCUUGGGCUGUUUGCAAUUUAUGAUGGUCAUUUGGGGGAUAGUGUACCGGCUUACUUACAAAAGCAUUUGUUUCCGAAUAUCCUAAAGGAGGAAGAGUUUUGGACUGACCCCAAUAGGUCCAUUUCGAAAGCCUAUGAGAGGACUGACCAAGCAAUUCUUUCUCAUAGUCCUGACCUUGGACGUGGUGGGUCUACAGCUGUUACUGCAAUUGUCAUAAACGGUCAAAAGUUAUGGAUAGCCAAUGUUGGAGAUUCACGGGGAGUUCUUUCAAGUGGGGGUCAGGCAAUACAGAUGACUACAGAUCAUGAGCCCAGCACUGAAAGAGGCAGCAUUGAGAACAAGGGUGGCUUUGUCUCAAACAUGCCAGGCGAUGUCCCUAGAGUGAAUGGCCAGUUGGCAGUUUCUCGUGCCUUCGGCGAUAAGAGCCUAAAAUCACAUUUGCGUUCAGAUCCUGACGUACAACAUGCCGAUAUUGAUAGCAAUACUGAUCUUCUCAUUCUUGCAAGUGAUGGACUCUGGAAGGUAAUGGGUAAUCAGGAGGCAGUUGAUAUUGCAAUAAAGAUCAAGGACCCACAGAGGGCGGCUAAGCAGCUGACAGCUGAAGCAGUAAAUAGAGACAGUAAAGAUGACAUAUCUUGUGUUGUUGUACGGUUUAGAGGGUAAAGCAUGAGAGAAUUAUUACGGCUGCGAUAUAUACCCUAGGAAUUGCUUUCGUGGAAGCCAAUCUAUCGAUCAACAGCCAUUAAGGGAUUCGUCCCGAGUAGGAUGGUCACCAUGAAAACCCAGCAUAAUUAUGAAACUACUCCACAAAAAGGUUAUCUCAUUCCCCUUCUCUGCCCCCUUGUAUAUUUAUUGUCCUAGGUUGUGUGGUUUGAUAUUGUUUGAUUUCUUCCAACAUAUGAAAGCAAUCUGGUGUAUACCAUCAGCUCCCCCUUUUUUUUCUUAAUUAAUUUUUUUAAUCUCCAAAGGACCGCAGAGCUGUGUGUAGUGGACAGGCAGGAUAUUUUUUUUUUUAAUUAGUGAAUGGAAAGUAUGGUUUUGUGUUCA